GGCUCAAGGACCUGGAGAGGGAGCAUUGCUACAGUCUUUCCAGUGCCCCCCCCCCAGGGCGUACCUCAAAGGGGGGCCCCUGGUCACUGGUCGCCCUUCCCGCGCCGUUGGGGGGCCCGCGGCUUCGCUGGGCCCCCCGCCCGACUCCUUACGCAAUCACGUGCAUUCGACGCACAUGCACCUGGGACUCGCGCGGGCCUGCGAGGCAGGAGCACCGACGGAGGCCGCGAGCCAUGAGAAGCCGUGGACGUCGACGGCGUCGGCUUCCCACCAGCCAGCGGCCGAGCCGGCGUCCCUCCCGGACUGCCUCCCCGCCGGCCAGGCCACCUCCUCCGACGGCGUGGGCGCCGCGGGCGCCCCCGGAGAGGUCCUCUUCCAGCAGGACCCGCCCGGGAACCGCGGAAGCGCCUUCCACCUGCAGGGCACGUGCAAGCCGUGCAACAAGUUCAAUCCUGACAGGCCCGAUAGCUGCAAGCACGCGGACGACUGCGACUUCUGCCACUACCCGCACGAACGCCCGAAGCACCGUGGCCAGCGUGGCCGGCACGCGCAGCAGAGGAGGCAGUACCUGGAGAUCCGCGACAGCUUGCCAGAGGAGGUACAGAACCUCACCGACAAGGUCUACGAGGUGCCCCACGAAGCCUUCGAGGAGGUCAAGAGGAGGCUGCAGACCGUGCCACGCGAAUACCGCCACCACAAGGUGCUCGACGUCCUCGACAAGGUCCGCCACAUCGGGGAGCAGGCCCAGGAGUGCCGCCCAGACAAGCACCGCGUCAGGGGCGCUCGGAUCGUCACCCCCGAGGGCGCGGGGCCCGUGUCGGAGCUGGAAGGCAGGUGCAAGUGGCUCAUCGGGACGCUCCACCUCAUGGUGCGCAAGAUGUACGACGCGCAGAAAGAGAUCGGCGUGAUAAAGGACAAGGUGAACGAGGUGCUCGAGCAGUGCAGGCAACUGCCAGACUUGGUCACCGCGGUCGAGCCUCCGCUGCCCGCCCUUCCUCCAGGAUGCGCGGAUAAGCUGCAGCUGUCGAAGGCCUUCGAGUGGCUCUCUCGGACGAUCGUUCUGCUUGCCGCCUCCGCCGCAGAGCUCGUCGCCUCCGCGACGAUGCAACAGGGCCCCACGUCGGAAGACAUCGCGUGCGACCUCGAGAAGAUCAGCACAAUGUCCAAAGGGAUCCUUGCGGAGGCUGAUCUCAAUCCUGAGGCGAAGGAUCAGCUGCAGUCCAGCCAGACCCUGAUCGAGCUGCGUAGUCGCAUGAAGGAGUUGGAGGAUCGAGUAUCCUGGGAUGGCGCCAAGAGUUCCAAGGAGGACAGAGAAAAAACGAUGGAGUCUCGUCUGGGCGAUUUGGAGCAUCUUCUGAGCGAGCUUCAUUCCGACGAGGGACAAUACAAGGAGAUCCUGGCGAAGGUUGCCCCUGCGAAGCUGGACGAGAGGUGGAGCCCACUGGAGAAGAAGAUCGAGCUGUGCGCCAUCGAGGAGCUCAAGCAGAACGCGUCGCGGUUGAGCGUCCACGAGUGUGUGCGCAGCGCAUAUCAGUCGGCAGCCCUGCUGCCGGACGCCGUGGAGAAGAUCGGGCUGAAGCUCGACAAGACGCCGAACCUCCCAGCCUUCAUCUCCGACCGCAACGAGCUCAGGAAGAACAUGAUCAAAGAACUGGACUCCUCUCAAGACAUGAAGGAGCUACUUGCCAAAAUGCGGAGCCACAUCGACAGCUGAUUUGAUUAUGCUUCACAGCGCAGAACGCAGUGUAGCUCGCCAGCGUAGAGUCGUAGGCCAGCGUGGCGUUGUACGCCAGCGAAGUGUUGUACGCCCUGAGUUAUGGCAAGAUGACAGCACGGCAAGUGUAAUGCGCCAGUGGCCUCGGUGUAAACAUACAGUCCCUGCACUGUACUCAACUGGCUCAUUGAGUGGGGAAUUCGUCGUAGUACGACGACGAUGCCACGCGCUCAUAGCCUGUCCUUGUUCAGAUGCAUAGCGUGGGCUAUUCAGUUCUAGCUUCUCGGUGCAUUGAUUGUGGAACAUGUGUGCCGAGUAUUAGUAGUCUGUGUUAGUAGUCCGACCAGUGUGUGCCAGGUUUGUUGCAUGCUCUUCUAUCUUCUCAGCAUGCUGAGUUAUGUCGAGUGUGCGUUUUCUCUAUCAUGCCGGGCUUCAUGGAUGUCCGCCCUGCGAUACCCUCGAUUAAUGCUGGGGUGCAUUAAUGGCGUCCGAGUUGGAGGGGCGAGCGGGGGGAGCAUGG